GGGAGGCUCAGUCCUUCAAAUCAGCCUCACUCUGCUGUACUUUGAAAACACGUGCUGAUCUUUUACCUGCUGCACUUCGAAAAAUCGUAAAAAUAUAAAGUUUGAAGUUUUCUCGGAUCCUGAAAUUCUGGAGACAUGUCAAUAUUUCCAAUAAACAGGUAUCUGGGUGACGAUGGUGGUGACCAAUUACAGGGUGAGGGUGCGGGGGCAUCGCCAGAAGAAAUAUUGGAGCGACAACUACUGAAGAAACUUUUGAAGAAAGCAAAGAUUCGAAAAUCUCAGGCUAUCGUGAAUGCAGAGGGUGAAAACAAAUCUUUGACGGAAAUACCAGUAAAAUCAGAGAAUGGGACCUCAAGAAAACGUACAAUCGACAGUGCUUCUACUAAGACUCAAAAACACGCAGCAAAUAUCCACGUCGAAUCUGUGCCAAACAAGAAGAAGAUGAAGAAGGAGAUGUCAAGAAAGGAGCCAGUUGUCAAUAAAGUAAAAGGGGCUGCAGAAACAGAGGAUAAGCAGGAAGAAAUUCAAGGAGAUCCCAAACUUUCGAAUGUUGCUGGCACACCAUUGUCUAAGCGAGCUAAACGACGAGCAAAAGAGAAGAACAAAAAGACGGCUCUGGUUGGAACGGAGUUGGGCGUAGAUUUUGGAGGUUUCACGGUCAUUGGAGAUGUCAACCAGUUUAAACAACAAACUGUCAAACGUAUCCUUCCAGAAUGGCUAUCAAAUCCUUCCGUCGUUUCCUGCAAUCUUAAGGACGACAAGGCUCCGAUUGACUCUUUUGGAUUGGACUCACAAAUCAUUAACAUUUUAAAACAAAACUUUAUUCCCUAUUUUUUCCCAGUUCAACAACAAGUAAUUCCUUGGUUGAUCUCAGGACACAGCCCAAAGUUAUAUAGACCGUCUGACAUAUGUGUUUCUGCUCCAACUGGAAGUGGAAAGACUUUAGCCUACUCGCUCCCACUUAUCCAUAUUUUGAAAGUAUCGAGGAUUUACCCUUGUGUCAGAGCAAUUGUAGUUUUACCCACUGAAGUUCUUGCCACGCAAGUAUAUUCUGUGUUUAAAACUUAUUCUGCUGGUAGUGGACUUUCGAUAUUUCUUAUUACUAAACGAUUGACAUUUUCGGCUGAGAGAGACGCUCUGGUUAAAGUUGGAGCUACAGGGAGACUGGCGACUCCACACGACAUUAUAAUUGCCACCCCAGGGAGAUUAAUCGACCAUUUGGAGCAAACCGACGGGUUUGAUAUAUCCAAGUUGAGAUUUUUAGUUGUAGACGAGGCAGAUCGGACUUUAGAUGACCAAGAAGGAGACUGGCUGCAACGGUUGGAAUCUAAAUUUUGGGAUUCGCAUCCUAUUGGAGUUAACCAAUGGAGAUCUCUUCCUCUGACUGUAAAAUGGAUGCCAGCUCACCUGAAAGCUUUCCAGAAACUUUUAUUUUCCGCUACAUUAUCGCAAAAUCCGGAAUCAUUAGAAAAGCUACAUUUGUUUGAGCCAAAAUUGUUCACCUCGGUUGUGGAGAGGAAACAAGUAGUAAAAGAAACGCAUAGUGGAGAGCAAGAUGGUGCUCCUCUGCAAGAUAAUAAUACAACUUCCAGCUCGACCUUAGUUUCUGAUUCAUUUGUUGGAAAGUACUCCACACCCACAGAACUUGUUGAAUCAUUCGUUUUGUGCAAAAAAGAAACGAAACCCUUGGUUUUGACAUACUUAAUUUCACACUUCAAGUGGAAACGUGUCUUGUGUUUCUCAAACACUAAAGAAAAUACUCACCGACUGUGUCUCCUUUUAAAGUUUAUGGGACAUUUAAAUGUUCGAGAAGUAUCUGCAAAAUGGAAUCCUAAAACAAGAGAUCUUGUUCUAAAACAAUUUUCCAGUGGCGUCAUUGACAUCUUGAUCACAUCUGACCAAAUGGCCCGAGGAAUUGAUAUUCCAAGUGUGGACUACGUCAUAUCCUAUGACCUGCCUGGAUACACAAAAACGUAUAUUCAUCGGAUCGGAAGAUGUGCUCGUGCUGGUCGGGAGGGACAAGCGGUGUCCUUGAUUCAACAGGACCAGAUUGGAAUUUACAAAAAAACUAUGAAACAAACUGGGAAAACAAACUUUGUCAAGAUUCCUGUCAAAAAUUCCGAUUUGAGACCACUUGAAAGUAGUUUUAAGGAAGCUCUAACCAAGUUGAAGGACAAAGUUGAGGAUGAAACGGAGCACACGAGCAAACCUAAAUUGGAAAGUAAUACAAAAACAGAAAAAAGCACAAUGUCUAAAAGUGAUGUGAAAUCAACUAGUUAAUUCGUUUUCGACACCUGGAAAUAAAACUGAAUCAUUUUCCAAUACGCCUUGAAUGCAGUUUGUAUUAUAUUUAGAUAGUUUUAUUAAACAAUUCACAAUAUCCUAACCAGCAACAAUAAGA